AUGGCCAACGAGCGCGCUGGCCCUUGUGGCCCCUGCCUGUGCUCGUUGGGUGUUCUGCGUGGCGCCUGGCGCCACUUCCUCGCCCGACUGACUGCUCCCGCAGUGCAUGACUAUGCCGCGUCGCGGCCUUUGGCGAAAUGCUCGGUGGAGGUCUUAGAUGGCGUCAUCAUGGGGCGCGACAAGUGGCUGGGCGGUGAGCUGGGUGAUGAUGGCUGCAUAUAUGGAGUGCCAGGCAGCGCGCCGCGUGUUCUCAAGGUAUCGCCAGCUGAUGGGGCUGUGGAGACAAUUGGCCCGGAGCUGCCAGGCAAGUUUAAGUGGCUUCGCGGCAUCCACGUGGACGGGUCGAUUUACGGGGUGCCAACAAACUCAGAUAGGGUUUUGCACAUCUCGCCAGCAGCCGGCACGGUCGACUUGAUUGGGGAGUCCUUCACAGGGGGCUGGAAGUGGCACGGCGGUGUGCUGAGCCCUGUCGAUCGCUGCGUUUACGCGAUCCCUUGCAACGCCGAAUCGGUGCUCAAGAUCUUCCCAGAUGGACGCGUUACAACCAUUGGGGAAGGUUCGCCAGUGCUUAAGGGCAGAUGCAAGUGGUAUGGCGGCCUUCUUGGCAGUGAUGGCUGCAUCUACGGGAUUCCGAACUGUGCGGAAUCGGUUCUGAAGAUCGACCCCGCCAAGCAGGAGGUGUCGACCAUUGGCCCCAAGUUCCUCCAGGGUGGCCAGAAAUGGCACGGUGGUGUGGUCGGCAAGGAUGGAUGCAUCUACGGCGUCCCCUCACAUGCAGAGGCUGUUCUGAAGAUCGAUCCCAUGUCGCAGAAGGUCAGCACCAUUGGUCAGCCGAUUGACAGUGGCCUCUGGCGUCCGAAUGGCAAGUACAAGUAUGGUGGCGGCAUCGUGGCGCCAAGUGGCGCCGUGUACUGCUUUCCUAGUGACGCCGACUUCGUGCUGAAAAUCAUACCGGAGACGGAAGAAGUUCGACUCAUCGGCCCUCGCUUCGAGGGCCACAACAAGUGGCAAAAUGGGUUCAUGGGACGAGAUGGCAACGUGUAUGCCAUUCCGUGCAAUGCCCCGGGAGUGCUCCAAGUCGUUUGCGCAACAGAUGAUGUCACUACCAUUCCAAUUGAUAUGGAGAACCCCAACCUUCAGGACAAGUGGGAAGGUGGAGUCGAGGCGAACGGGGACAUGUACUGCAUGCCCCAAAAUGCCAAGAAGGUCCUCCGGAUAGCUCCAAUGCGAUAG